CCCCCAUCCAUCCUCUACUGCACACCCAAGGCUUGCCUGUCUCCUGCUUUGCCGGGGGCAUCUUGGACGUGUUAAAAACAGUAUCGGCCUGAUCAAAUGCUUUCCUUGUCGAGGCGGGUGAAUUAGAUUGAUCAAGCGGAUCAGCGAGCGGCACUUUCAUCUGCCUCCUCCCGUCCAUCACUCUGAAGUAGUUUGCACUUUCGCCAAGACGCUCGGGGGAAGCUAAUUGCUGAGGUGGACAUUUCAAACGCACCCGUUUGCCUCUCCGUGUCAGCGAUAAGACAUACAAUCCACUGAGAACUGAACUGCUCGGCUGUUUUGAAGAAAGCCAGCCCCAGAGCAUGAGACUGGAGUUGAGUGCAGAACCAGAGAAGAGCCUGGAAGCAGACUCUAUGGCCCGAGACUCAUCCCUCUCCUAACUCUGCCAAGGGCCUCGAGAAAAUCUCUGACCUGCGCAGCUGCACCACGGGGCCCACUCGAGCUCCACCAUGCAGUGGAGACGGCGCCACUGCUGUCCCAUCAAGAUGACCUGGACGGUGAAGCGCUCGCUGUUCCGGACGCACGUGGCCGGGCUCCUGUCCCUGGCGCUCCUCUUCACCCUCUUCCUCUUCUUCAGCCACCAGGACUGGCUCCCAGGGCGGGCGGGCCCCAGGGACAACCCCCUCACGUACACCGUCAGGGGUCUGCGCAGCCCCCGGGCCGAGGCCAACCAGAGCGCCUCCCUCCGCAGCCUAUGGAGGGAUCCGGGCUACGUGGUGCCCAAGCCCUUGCUCAACCUCAGCUCCCAGCAGGCCGAGGCGGCGGGCGGGGGCGAGAUGGGGCUGGAGAACUCUAUGAGCGCCAACAACAGUUUACAGCGAGAGAUGGGCGUGGGCGGGCGACUGAAGGCGCGGCCGUACCGCUACAUCCUCAACGAGCCGCUGAAGUGCCGAGACGGCCCGCCGUUCCUCGUCCUCCUCAUCGCCGCCGAGCCGGGCCAGGCCGGCGCCCGCAACGCCAUCCGGCAGACGUGGGGGAACGAGAGCGUGGCGCCGGGCCUGGGCUUCGUGCGGCUCUUCCUCCUGGGGCUGGGCCGGGCCUCGGACAGCUACACCCAGAGCGCCAUCGAAGAGGAGAGCCGCCUGCACCAUGACAUCAUCCAGCAGGACUACCAGGACACCUACUACAACCUCACCAUCAAAACCCUGAUGGGCAUGAACUGGGUGGCCAGUCACUGCCCGCACGCCCGCUACGUCAUGAAGACGGACAGCGACAUGUUCGUCAACACCGAGUAUCUCAUCCAGAAGCUCCUGAAACCGGAGCUGCCGCCCCGGCAGCGGUACUUCACGGGCUACCUGAUGCGGGGCUACGCGCCCAACCGCAACAAGGACAGCAAGUGGUACAUGCCCCUGGAGCUGUACCCCAGCGAGCGCUACCCCAUCUUCUGCUCGGGGACGGGGUACGUCUUCUCCGGGGACAUGGCGGAGCUCAUCUACCAGGCGUCGCUGGGGAUCCGCCGGCUGCACCUGGAGGACGUGUACGUGGGCAUCUGCCUGGCCAAGCUCCGCGUCGACCCCACGCCGCCGCCAAACGAGUUCCUGUUCAACCACUGGCGGGUGUCGUACUCCAGCUGCAAGUACAGCCACCUCAUCACUUCGCACCAGUUCCAGCCCAACGAGCUGGUGAAGUACUGGAACCACCUGCAGAGCAACAAACACAACGCCUGCAUCAACCUGGCCAAGGAGAGGAACGGCCGGUACAGACACCGGCGUUUUCACGGAGAGAGACCGCAAUGAUGGUGCGCCAAACGGUGCGCAGGGUACGCGUGGACCUGGAAAGGGCACUCAGCACUAAACACACUUAGGCGCAAGAGCACAGUGUUUUUGGUAUUGUGUACAGUGGAUUCCAACUAUUUUUUUAAUUUGGGAGAGAUGUUAUGUAUUGUAAAGCUGUUUAACUCUUUCUAAAGGGACAGUAAUGUUCAUGUACGUGCAAUAUGACGCAUGCACAAAAGAAAAUACACUAAAAAAAUAAUGUCAUAACAGGAACGAUGGCAUGUUUGCCAGCUGUGGUGCCAAUUCAAGGAGCUUAAAGCUAGAAUGUGACAGGUCUCCAAGCAACGGUUGGUUGAUGACAACAAUGUGGCCAACUGUAUCUAAAUAUCUUUAUCCGAUUCAUAAAAUGAAGAUCUUCAAAAGCUAAUGUAAAUGUAUUACAGUCAAAGCACACUACCUAAAAAUGUAUGAAUAUAUAUAUGAUGUGGACCAGUAUUGCUGCCCUGUCUCAAUGUUUACUUUACAGAAUAAUCAACAAAAAAAAAGAGUUUCAGGAUGGUCUUUCAGGAGUCAGUCAUAUACUUUUAUUUACAACCAACGUGAAAGAGCUCAGAAUCACAACAGUCAGAAAUGACUGAGAUUGUAUUUUCUAAAGCUUUACAUUGAGUGAAUAUCAGGCUGCACUAAACCAAUGUGCAAUGAUUAAUCAACAAUUAAAUGUAUUGAAUUCA